AUGGCUUCCAUACGUACUUCUCCGCGUACCCAGUCCAAAAGCAAAGGCGUUGUCACUGACAAGUCAAGCAGUCUUGAAGAUACACACAAUCAUUUAAGCCACAAGGCCACAUGGGACAGUGCCUCAAUCCGAGUUUUCCUACAAUUGAUUGCGAAUAAGAUAACUAAAGGCAAUCGCCCAUUCCUAGUCCUCAACCAAGCAGGGUACAAGUCCUUGGCAAGAAAAUUUGAGAGAAAAACAGGAAGAAAACAUGGACUCAAACAGUUGAAGAAUAAGUACAUGCGUUUGAAAAAAGAGUGGCAAGCGUGGACAAAGUUGAUGGAUUCAAGCAAAGGAGUGUCAGGGAUAGGGUUUGACUGUGACACUGGUAUGUUUCAGGCACCUGAGGAGUGGUGGGACAAAAUGGAAUCGAAAAAAAAAACCUUGGAACAUCGUGAGUUGAUGGAGACCGUCCUCAUGGGGGCAUCAGCUACUGAGAAGCACCAUUGGACCCCGGGCGAGGAACUUCCUGAAGCUGCUAAUGACUCAUCUGAUUCAGUGCACAGUUUGGAGGCCCAGCCAUUUGCUGAUCCGAUACCCGCAGGAGUACAGGACGUGGAUUCAGAUUCUUCACUGGAGCAUGUUUCGAUUGAAAAGGGGAAAAAGAGAAAGACGCCAUCAAGCAGUGUUUCAAAGUCCAAGAAGGCAACAAGUGGAGCCUCAAUUAUUGCGGAAAGCAUGAACACUCUGACAGAUGUGGUGCGUACGAAGAAUCAGCAGGUAACGGUGAGGCACCUCACAAGCAACGAAUCGUUGUUUACUAUUUCGGAGUGCAUGCAUCGCCUGACAGGUAUUACAUCGUUGGUUGGUACGCCGUUAUUCCACUUCGCCACAUCACUUAUGGAUAACGCCGAUUUGUGGGAGGUGAUGAUGUGCCAGCCUGAUGACGACUCGAUCAUAGAGUGGCUUACCCAGAAGCAGCUCCAGUGUACUGCGUCGGCGCCUUUUGCAAAUCUGUUCGAGGCUCGCCGGAUGUGA